GACACCCGACGACUUGCUCUGUUCGCUUCACUCAGCUUGCUGGCGACACACACACACAGCACAAAGAGGGAAAUCAAGGCGGACAUGGCGGCUACCACUCGAUCACGACACGUUCUCCCAUUGUUUCGUUCGGGGUUCACCCGGCUGCAGGUGGCCCAGCCUCCAGCGGAUGGCGCUGCUGGCCAAGCGCUGAGGUUGGCCGCCUGGAGACAAGCAGGGGUUUUAGUAGAGGCUCUGAUUUGUUGACAUGGGGACACCCUCAUGCACUGUAGAUCCCCGACAUCUAGCCCACAGUGUCAGCCAGCCAUCAACCGCAGCUCCUUCUCCCUCUGGUGGUUUGACGGGGGGCGGUCAGCUACUUUUUGGGAUGCCCGAAUGGUCUUGGUUUGGGGGAAAACAAAACUCGGCAAAGCUGUACGUCUCAUUCGUGGUUCUCACGAUCGACUCUGCACACCCGAGACCCGGUCUGAGGACUUAAUUUGUGAGAGUGGCUGUGAGACAUUGUAUCACGGGCUUUGGGUGAGGAUAAAAGCCACUCUUCUCCUCUUGCCCCUCGGUCCCUGACAGGGCCUCUACAAGAAUGACCAUACCUGCUCUCCAUGGCCUCACCGCUUGAUCCUGCUCACCCCCAUCGCCGGGGGACGCCCAAGAGACUGAUUGUCUGCUGUGAUGGAACAUGGAUGAACUCGCUGGGAAAAAAAGGGUACGAACCACCCUCAAAUGUGACCCGCAUCUCGCGUGUUCUCUGCCGCACCUGCAGUGAUGGCAGGCCCCAGAUUAUCAACUACUUCGCCGGUGUAGGUACAGCUAACGGCCUGGACCAGUUCACCGGCGGAGCGUUCGGCAUGGGGCUAGACGCAGACAUCCGAGAGGUGUACAACUUCUUGUGCACCAACUACGUCGACGGGGACGACAUCAUCCUGAUUGGCUUCAGCAGAGGAGCGUUUACUGCCCGUAGCGUCGCUGAUAUGGUCGCGAGCGUGGGACUGUUGACGCCGGAAGGGCUGGACAAAUUUUUUGCCAUCUUUGAUGAUUACGAAAACAUGGGCUCGUCGUCCAGAGAUACGGACGACUUUCUGAUUGACGGGCUGGAGGAGUACAAGGGACAGCAUGGGCAGAAGAAGAUUGAGUGGGAGGAGAGGAGGAAGGAGACGUACAAGCGGGGUUUGAGGGAGAAGAAGCUAACGCGGGAUACGUUCCAUGCUGGAGCUGGAGAGAUUGGCGAGGAGAUCAAAAUCAAGGCUCUUGCGGUUUGGGACACGGUGGGAACACUUGGAAUCCCGCCUGCUCCAGUGAUCGGUGUUCGAGGAAGCGCUGAUCAAUGGAGGUUCACCAACACACAAAUCUCGGCCAAGGUCGAGAACGCCUUUCAGGCUUUGGCUCUUGAUGAGCCGAGAUAUGCUUUCAGGCCUGCCCUCUGGGAGAGGGUACCUGGAAGUACAACAAACCUGAAGCAGGUAUGGUUUCCUGGUAACCAUGGGAAUGUCGGUGGUGGUUGGUGGGACCAACAGAUAUCAGACAUCACACUGGCCUGGAUGUGUGAUCAACUCUCGACAUUGGGACUGGAGUUCAAUCACCCACGCAUGACCAAUAUGUUUUUGGAAUCACUGCGCUUCUCCGCUGCUCACCCCUUCCCUUUCUCGCCGCAAUCAAAGACUUCGUCGAUUGGGUCAGUGGCCAAGUCCAUCAUCCCCAGAUCCAUGAGCAAGCUCCUUCGCGGAGGAAGGAGCUCCUCGUCAAACGGGACCACCAACGGGAAUGGCACCGCCAAUGGAAGUGCAAGCUUGGCUCCAGGAAGCCCCAAGCCUUGGGGCCACGCUGCCGUCUUUCGACACCCCUUCUCAGCCCCCAAACGAGAUCCUCACGAGUGUGAUGGAAAGCAUGACCACCCCGAUGGCCCCUUGCCCCAGUUGUGGCAGUUUGCUCGGCCUUGGGGCCUGGGUUUGAUCAGAAGUCCUACCAGUGUAGUGACCACUGUGGCCGGCAAGACCGUUCGGCGUCCUGGCCUGUUUAUGCGGGUUGAUGAAGACACAAACGAAGAUACCAGCGAGCCUUUGCUUGGUACGAGCGAGAGGAUACACGCUUGUGUCAGGAUCCGGUUGGCCUGUGGAGGGUUGGGGUUAGAUGACAAAGAUGUCUGGACCUGCGAUUCCCUCCUCAAGUCUGAAACAGCUGAGGAGGGUGACAAGAGGAGAAAAGGAGGCCCGUUAUGGAAGUUGGAAAGGGGUAGCGCGCUGAGUAGCGGCGAAGAAGAAUUCGUCAAGGCUUGGAGAAUCCGGCCGAGAGAACUGACGCUUGGCACUGACGAGUAUCCUGAGCGAUGUAUGUAUCCUGUCGGAGAGUUUGAUCACCACUGGAAGUGGGUUUAUCAAAGGAAGGCGGUGGGGGAAGGCCAGGCUAGGGUGCCACAGGAGGUUGCUUUACCUGAAGAGCCGCUGGUGGGAUAUUGGGAGAGAUAUCUGCUUGCGCUUUUGGUCGGGGAGGCAGAUGUGUGGCGGUUUGCUCAGCAGGAGAUUGUUAAUGGGAAGUAGCGGUGGAUUGGAUAAUGGUCUGAGAGAAUCUGUGUCCGGGGUAGGUAGUUUAGCUUGGUGUUUGUUAGGAUGGCAAAACGGGCAAUGGAAGUGUGUGUUGUUUGCAAAGCAAAACCUCCGA